AUGCAACUUCAAGAACUAAAUGCUCGUUUCACUGAGGCAAAUAGUGAGUUGUCACUUUGUGUGGCAUGUUUAAAUCCAUCCAACUGCUUCAAUGAUUUUAAAUUGAUUCGUCUUGCCGAGUUUUAUCCGAACGAAUUUUCUCCGGUAGAGCUCAUGGUUCUUUUUGAUCAACUUGAUUCAUAUAUCUUUGAUGUGCAAUCGAAUGAGGAUUUUUCGAGGUUGAAUGGACUUACUGAUCUUUCUAAGAAAAUGGUAGAGACCGGGAGAGAUAAACUAUAUCCUUUAGUUUACUUGCUCUUGAAAUUGGCAUUGAUCUUACCGGUUGCAACUGCUACUGUUGAAAGAGUGUUUUCUGCGAUGAACAUUGUGAAGAAUCGACUACGGAAUCGAAUGAAUGAUCAGUGGUUGAAUAAAAGUUUGGUGGUGUACAUAGAAAGAGAUGUUUUUGAUGGGAUUGAGAACGAUACAAUCAUGCAAAACUUUCAGAAUAUGAAAACCCGUCGUGGUCAAUUGUAAUAACUUUUAGGAAGUAAUCUAUGCUUUUGUGUGCUUAUGUAUGAAAUCUUUUAGAAUGUUUUAAGCUCGAAGUUUUGUGGUUAAUGAAGAAUGUUUAAACAUUUCAUCU